AUGUCAUGUCUUUUUCAUCCACGGACAUCUAUCAAAAAUCUCCUCGCUAAUUAUACGACAUUCUAUCGAGUUUGUUCCCAAACAUGUGUCCUCAAUGUGGUCGAUGUAUUUUCGGGUGCGGUAACCACGAUUACGUUUUUUUUUUUUUUCUCUCGGGCUGUCAACACUUCUAUCUUCUCUUCUCUUCUUUCUUUCUUUCUUUUUUUCUUUCUUUCUACAUUUCUCUUCUUUCUUUCUUUCUUUUUUCGACAUUUCUCUUUUUCUUUUUUCUUUCUUUCUUUCUACAUCUCUCUUCUUUCUUUCUUUCUUUCUACAUUUCUCUUCUUUCUUUCUUUUUUCUACAUUUCUCUUCUUUCUUUCUUUCUUUCUUUCUUUUUUUCUACAUUCCUCUUCUUUCUUUCUUUCUUUCUACAUUUCUCUUCUUUCUUUCUUUCUUUCUUUCUUUCUACAUUUCUCUUCUUCCUUUCUACAUUUCUCUUCUUUCUUUCUUUCUUUCUAGAUAUCUCUUCUUUCUUUCUUUCUUUCUUUCUACAUUUCUCUUCUUUCUUUCUUUCUUUUUUCUUUUUUCUUUCUUUCUUUCUACAUAUCUCUUCUUUCUUUCUUUCUUUCUACAUUUCUCUUCUUUCUUUCUUUCUUUCUACACUUCUCUUCUUUCUUUCUUUCUACAUUUCUCUUCUUUCUUUCUUUCUUUUUUUCUUUUUUCUCUCUUUCUUUCUUUCUACAUUUCUCUUCUUUCUUUCUUUCUUUCUACAUAUCUCUUCUUUCUUUCUUUUUUCUACAUUUCUCUUCUUUCUUUCUUUCUUUCUUUCUACAUUCCUCUUCUUUCUUUCUUUCUACCUCUCUCUUCUUUCUUUCUUUCUUUCUUUCUACAUUUCUCAUCUUUCUUUCUUUCUUUCUACAUUUCUCUUCUUUCUUUCUACAUUUCUCUUCUUUCUUUCUUUCUUUCUUUCUACAUUUCUCUUCUUUCUAUCUUUUUUCUUUUUUCUUUCUUUCUACAUUUCUCUUCUUUCUUUCUUUCUACAUUUUCUCUUCUUUCUUUCUUUCUUUCUUUCUACAUUUCUCUUCUUUCUUUCUUUCUUUCUUUCUACAUUUCUCUUCUUUCUUUCUUUCUACAUUUCUCUUCUUUCUUUCUUUUUUCUUUUUUCUUUCUUUCUUUCUACAUUUCUCUUCUUUCUUUCUUGCUUUCUUUUUUUUUCUUUCUUUCUUUCUACAUUUCUCUUCUUUCUUUCUUUCUUUCUACAUUUCUCUUCUUUCUUUCUUUCUUUCUACACUUCUCUUCUUUCUUUCUUUUUUCUACAUUUCUCUUCUUUCUUUCUUUCUUUCUUUCUUUCUACAUUCCUCUUCUUUCUUUCUUUCUUUCUUUCUACAUUUCUCUUCUUUCUUUCUUGCUUUCUUUUUUCUUUCUUUCUUUCUACAUUUCUCUUCUUUCUUUCUUUCUUUCUUUCUUUCUACAUUUCUCUUCUUUCUUUCUUUCUUUCUUUCUACACUUCUCUUCUUUCUUUCUUUCUUUUUUCUACAUUUCUCUUCUUUCUUUCUUUCUUUUCUUUCUUUCUACAUUCCUCUUCUUUCUUUCUUUCUUUCUUUCUACAUUUCUCUUCUUUCUUUCUUGCUUUCUUUCUUGCUUUCUUUUUUCUUUCUUUCUUUCUACAUUUCUCUUCUUUCUUUCUUUCUACAUUUCUCUUCUUUCUUUCUUUCUUUCUUUCUUCAUAUCUCUUCUUUUUCUUUCUUUCUUUCUACAUUUCUCUUCUUUCUUUCUUUCUUUUUCUACAUUUCUCUUCUUUCUUUCUUUCUUUUUUCUACAUUCCUCUUCUUUCUUUCUUUCUUUUUUCUUUCUACCUCUUCUUUCUUUCUUUCUUUCUUUCUUUCAUUUCUCAUCUUUCUUUCUUUCUUUCUACAUUUCUCUUCUUUCUUUCUUUCUACAUUUCUCUUUUUUCUUUCUUUCUUUCUUUCUUUCUACAUUUCUCUUCUUUCUUUCUUUUUUUUCUUUUUUCUUUCUUUCUUUCUACAUUUCUCUUCUUUCUUUCUUUCUUUCUUUCUUUCUACAUUUCUCUUCUUUCUUUCUUUUUUCUACAUUUCUCUUCUUUCUUUCUUUCUUUCUUUCUUUCUUUCUACAUUCCUCUUCUUUCUUUCUUUCUUUCUUUCUUUCUUUCUUUCUUUCUUUCUACAUUUCUCUUCUUUCUUUCUUGCUUUCUUUUUUCUUUCUUUCUUUCUACAUUUCUCUUCUUUCUUUCUUUCCUUCUUUCUACAUUUCUCUUCUUUCUUUCUUUCUUUCUUUCUUUCUACACUUCUCUUCUUUCUUUCUUUUUUCUACAUUUCUCUUCUUUCUUUCUUUCUUUCUACAUUCCUCUUCUUUCUUUCUUUCUUUCUUUCUACAUUUCUCUUCUUUCUUUCUUGCUUUCUUUCUUGCUUUCUUUUUUCUUUCUUUCUUUCUUUCUACAUUUCUCUUCUUUUUUCUUUCUUUCUUGCUUUCUCUUCUUCCUUUCUUUCUUUCUUUCUUUCUACUCUUUCUUUCUUUCUUUCAUUUCUCUUCUCUUUCUUUCUUUCUUUCUUUCUUUCUUCUUCUUCUUUCUUUCUUUUUUCUACAUUUCUCUUCUUUCUUUCUUUCUUUCUACAUUCCUCUUCUUUCUUUCUUUCUUUCUUUCUACCUCUCUCUUCUUUCUUUCUUUCUUUCUACAUUUCUCAUCUUUCUUUCUUUCUUUCUACAUUUCUCUUCUUUCUUUCUUUCUACAUUUCUCUUCUUUCUUUCUUUCUUUCUUUCUACAUUUCUCUUCUUCCUUUCUACAUUUCUCUUCUUUCUUUCUUUCUUUCUUUCUACAUUUCUCUUCUUUCUUUCUUUCUUUCUUUCUUUCUACAUUUCUCUUCUUUCUUUCUUUUUUUUCUUUUUUCUUUCUUUCUACAUUUCUCUUCUUUCUUUCUUGCUUUCUUUUUUCUUUCUUUCUUUCUACAUUUCUCUUCUUCCUUUCUACAUUUCUCUUCUUUCUUUUUUCCUACAUAUCUCUUCUUUCUUUCUUUCUUUCUACAUUACUCUUCCUUCUUUCUUUCUUUCUUUUUUCUUUCUUUCUUUCUUUCUACAUUUCUCUUCUUCCUUUCUACAUUUCUCUUCUUUCUUUCUUUCUACAUUUCUCUUCUUUCUUUCUUUCUUUCUUUCUUUCUACAUUUCUCUUCUUCCUUUCUACAUUCCUCUUCUUUCUUUCUUUCUUUCUACAUUUCUCUUCUUUCUAUCUUUUUUUUCUUUUUUCUUUCUUUCUUUCUACAUUUCUCUUCUUUCUUUCUUUCUUUUCAUUUUUCUUUCUUUCUUUCUACAUUUCUCUUCUUACUUUCUACAUUUCUCUUCUUUCUUUUUUCCUACAUAUCUCUUCUUUCUUUCUUUCUUUCUACAUUACUCUUCCUUCUUUCUUUCUUUCUUUUUUCUUUCUUUCUUUCUUUCUACAUUUCUCUUCUUUCUUUCUUUCUAGAUAUCUCUUCUUUCUUUCAUUCUACUUUUAUCUUCUUUCUUUCUUUCUUUCUUUCUUUCUACAUAUCUCUUUCUUUCUUUCUUUCUUUCUUUCUUUCCUUCCGCAAAUGUUUUUCACCUUUCUUUUUUCUUUCUUUCUACAUUUCUCUUCUUUCUUUCUUUCUUUCUUUCUUUCUUUCUAG